AUGAUAAGUUACCCAGAAGAUGUUCUUUUUCGAGAUUACCAACUGAAAAGUGUAGCGGCCUUUGUUCACGGAGAUCCAACGAUUGCGUGUCCUAAUUUGAUUAUUCAGGGAAAUAGCAGCAGUGGGAAAACAUACGUACUGCAAAAAUUUUUCGAAGCAAAUCCUUCGUUAAUCAAUGCAUGGUUGGAACCAAUAGAAUUAGUGUCGUGGAAGCCACUUUUGCAAGCCGUGGUAAGAAGUGUUCAAAAUAAACUAAAGAUUCUAUUUUGCGACUUAGCGCAUAAGGAGUGCGAUCCAUUAGAAGUGGAGGAGCCUUUUUUAUUGGUCAAGGCACUCUGGAACAUAUUCUCACAAUACGAUUCAUUGCCGACGGACAUCAACUUUUUUCUCGUUCUCGAUGGCUUUGAUCGGUUGCAGGAUUUAGACGCAGCUCUAUUCAACAAAUUCAUAAAGUUUCACGAGCUCAUCAAUACGAAAAGCAAGAUUCACUUAAAGUUAAUCUACAUGAUACAGGAUAUUGCUUUUGUGGAAAGAUAUUCGAGUCAUUGUCUUCCCAUGAUAGUUUUUCCUAGUUAUUCAAUUGAGCAGAUCAUUGAGAUAUUAAUUUUCACUAGAGUAGAGCAAUUAGUUAUGAGUAACACCCUUAGGGAGAGGAUCAUAAAACAAGGUGUAGAGGAGUGUACGGAUGAACAAUUUGUAAGUGUGGCAGCAAAUUAUAUAAAAUUGAUAGUUCAGGCAUUUCACUCUUAUACUGGAAACAAUAUCAAUGCCCUCAAUGAUUUCAUAGAUUUCAAAUGGCACUCAUAUGUGCAAAAAAUUACCAAGGAGAAUAUAUUUGAUCCUUUAGCUCUGUAUAGAAGCAGUAUCAAUUUGUUUUUGACUACAGACGAUUCUUUUGUGGAAGAUGAAGAUAAUCGUGACAAUUAUAACGAGCCCUCUCAAACGUAUGAACUAUCAGCGAUUUCAAAAUAUCUACUCAUAGCAGCAUACAUAUGCUCGUAUUUGGGACCACGGUACGAUAGUAAUGUUUUUUCAAGAAGGUCAUAUUUGAAGUCUGGAAGAUCCUCCUAUGGUCGAAGGAAAAAAAUGGAGACAAAUCCAAGAUAUCUCCAGCCUUCUCUUUUCCAUUUAGAAAGACUCUUUGCUAUUUUUCAGGCAAUCUUUCCAGUGGAACGGACAACUGAAAGUGGGUCUUUGGCAUCUUUGCGAGAAGAAGCACUUAUCCGAGCAAAUGUAGAGGUAUUCCAAAACCUGGCAGAGUUGCAUGUCCUUAAGAUGGUCUCCACUACGGUUACUAAAAACAUUGAUUUCUUGAGUCAUAAAACUAAAUGGAAGGUCAAUGUGCCAUGGGAAAUUGUUCUGGAAGUAGCGAAAUCCGUCAAUUUUGAUAUCAGCCAGUAUUUUAGUGGCCUUUAA